UGGGGUCUAAUUAAUCGGACAUAGUGCUUUCCACCGGAAAAGACAGAAACAGAAAGAAACAGGAACGCCCAACUAUGGAUUUAAAGAAAGCAUCUUUGCUUUUGUUCUUUCUUAUCUUUCUCCAUCUGCAGCACGGCUUUACUCUUGCCUUCUCUCGAUCUGUAACAACUUUAGCCUCCGUUGAUCCAAAUCAUGACAAUUCCCCGGUUCAAGGUGAUGUGAUCUCUCGGAAUUUAACGGAAUUAGCCGUCGUUGUUAAGAAGGGAGGCGGAGGCGGAGGAGGAGGUGGAGGCAGAGGUGGAGGCAGCUUCGGCGGAGGAGGACGUAGUUUUGGUGGAGGAGGACGAGGUUUCACCGGAGGAUCACGUGGGAAAGGCGGUGGCGAUCGAGCGAUUCCUGGUAGAGGAGUAGGAGGAGGAAUACGUCCGAUUCCGAUUUAUGGCGGCGGAUCGCACCACGGUGGUCAUCGUUCAACCGGCGGCCGAGAAACUGCUAGCGGUUGGUUAGGUUUUUUUAAUUUAGCCGGUUUGGUUUUGGUUUUUUAGAGUUUCUUUAUUUGAUUUAGCCGGUUUAGGUUAAUUGUUUGAUACCGGUUUUGCUUCCCACUGGUUUGCUACUAUAUAUGAGAAGAAGGUUGUUACUUGUUAGGUUA